AUGGAGAAGGAAUUAAAACCAUUGUUGCAAAGCGAUUGGAUACGAGGCUACUGUGAUGAAAAUGAUGAAAAAGUCCUUAUCUAUGAGUAUUUGUCUAAGGGAAGUCUUGAUAGGUAUUUGAAUGAUACUUAUCUUACAUGGGUGAAACGACUUAAUAUAUGCAUUGAUGUUGCAAGAGCGUUGGAUUUCCUACACGGAGGAGUAGGAAAAAUAGCAAAGGUGAUACAUAGGGACAUCAAAACUGAAAACAUCCUAUUAAACAAUGAUUGGAAAGCAAAACUGGCGGAUUUUGGGCUUUCGCUAAUAUGUUCAAUAAAUCUGGAAACAGACUAUAUCAUCGAUCAUGCGUGUGGCACAAGAGGAUACGUGGACCCACUUUAUAGACAAUCGGGAUUCCUAACCAUAGAGUCUGAUAUUUACUCGUUUGGUGUUGUUUUAUUUGAGAUUUUGUGUGGGAGAUCAACGUUUGCAAUCCACAAACAUGAGGGUCACUAUCUACCGGAUUUCAUUAAAAACAAAUUUGAAGAAGGAAAGCAUGCUGAGGUGGUGUUCGAACAAAUCAAGGAACAAAUCGUGCCGCAAUCGUUGACUACAUUUCAAGAGAUUGCCUACCAAUGCCUACAUCUUGAACGAGAAAAAAGACCGACAACAAAAGAAGUUUUGGUAGAACUUAAGAAGGCAUUGGAAUUUCAAAAAGCCCAGACAAAGUUUCCUGGGGCUGCCAAUCCUAUUCUGUCAUUUUCUAAUCUCGAUUUUAAUUUUCGUUUGGCUUUCUCAUUGCCCCAGUUGAAUUCGGAGGUUUCCAUAACUGAGACACAAUUAGUUGAGCUAUCCAGUGAAUUAAACGAUAUGAACAUGACUGGCAAAUCUGUUAUGUAA